AUGCGCACAAUACUGCAGCGCUCUUUGCAUUAUUUUGGUUUUGGGGUAGAGGGUAUCACAUGUGGCUUGCUCCUGUCAGAUCGUCAAGUACUCGACAACCUGGAUACAGAAUUGGUUGUUUUGCCGCCGAUGAUUGGUCAAGACUUGCCGCGGAUGACAUACUGGCAUAUUCGAGGAAUCAGACUAUUAGGGAUAUCCAAAGAAGAGCUGCAAAUGGUGAUGGAUUGUGUACAUUUGGUGGUUGAGUUUUGCGGUGUGACUUUGGAUCGACUAACUACUGUAGAUGUCGUCGAAGCUGAUUUGUAA